CUGUCCAUCUCCAGCCCCUCCAACAACUGGGCAUUCCCUUCGCGCCAUCUCUCUCUCACACACACACUUUCUGCACGGUUUCCUUUUCCUAUCCACAUGUCUUGACUUCCCGCGUCCUUGACCACUGAACAUGUCCGGCACCUCUUAGCACGGCGUAUGGCGGCAUUUCUCUCUCCUCUGACUCAAGAAAGUACGGCGGCAUUUUCCUAUUCGUCUCGGUUUCUCUCGGGCGUCCUUGGUUGGCACGCAAAAGCAAUAUGUACUGGGAAAUGCGCCCUACCUAGAUUGGUUUCACCAGCAGCGUUGGGGAAGCCUGGCUGGGUCCUUCGCUGCGACCUCAAGCCUCGUCAUUGGUUGGCAUGUCUGCGUUUCAGCUUCCGCCUACCCCAGCCGCUACCUCUUUGCAAACUCUCUUCAUUCUCUCUAUUUGGUAUCGGCUCUUGUAUGACACCCUCUAACCCUUUCUGUCGCCUUAUUGUUCUCCGGAAUUUCUUCUUGCUGUCAUAUCGGGUAUCGGCACGGGUUCCUUGUUUGUCAAGAUGGAACAAGAGCGUUUGUGCACUCCUCUCCCCUUAGAUCGACACAGUAUCUCCGUGUCGGAAUACAGGCGAUUCAGGGGCAAGUCCUCUUUCAAAA